AUGUCACCUAUCCUCUGUAUGAAGACUAUUUUUACUAGUAUUGUCCCCUUUUCUUUGAUGAAAUCGAUUUAUCAAUUGAUGUUGAUUGAUAGUUUCUCCAUUACAAGGUUACCAAUAGAAUUGGUUCUCGAAAUCAUCAAAUGGCUCAAAAUUUUCGACGCCAUAAACUUUCGGAAGGCAGCAGUGAGGGAUCGUCUGGGAAAGCUCAUUGAAUGUUUGGACUCCCGAUUAUUGCAAAAUAUUCGGAUCAGCUCUACCACAAUUUUCGGACAUGGCCUAGUUAAAGAAUUUGACGUUGGAGAUUAUUCUGGUCAGAUCAUCUGUGGCAACAUCUUGUCAUUCAACGAGCGUGAGAUUUUAAAUCUUACAAGUUUGCAAAAACCAAAGGUCCAAGAGGUGAAAGUCGAACAGUUAUUUGGUAAUAUUGGCAAACGAAUUUCCGAAUUCUUGAAUGAUCUUCCUAAUUUAACCGCACUCCAUAGUGAUAUCCCUCUUAGGACCACCCGACCAUUAUCUAUGUUGAAUAUAAGGCUUGAUGAGCGCGGCCUGUUGGAUUGCUUUAAUUUGCACAACAUCGAGGCCCUUUGUUGUGAUUAUUUGGAAAUUGGGGAUGCUCGACCUCUUGAUAUGUCAAAGUAUUUGUUACCGAAUUUAUGGCAGAUUGGGUUAGAUCUGGUGAUAAAUAAACUCGAUGGCAAAGAAUGGCACACUCCAAAUUUAAAGCAGUUGCAUAUCAACUAUGAAGGUGGUAGAUUCAAGGUGAAAAAUCUCGAUUCGUUAUAUUUCCCUAACUUGAAAUUCGUGGGUUUGACUCUGAAAGAUGCCACGGAUACUGGUAUUGAAUUACUAAAUUCUGUGAGGUUAGAUAAAUUGCAAUAUCUAGAAAUAUCAGGUAAAGUUACGGGUUUGGAACAACACUAUCUCUCUUCUAUGAGAUCUACUUAUUUGAAAGAACUACGUCUCGAUCAAGGUAAUCUAGAUAGAAUUCCGGAUUUGACAAAUUUCCUCGGACUUGAAGAGUUGAUACUACGAAACAAUAAUAUUCUGAGAAUAGAACGAUUAGAAGCUUUGCAAAAUCUAACAUUUAUUGAUUUAAGACUUAACAAAAUCACCAAAAUUGAGAAUUUGGACCAUUUGCAAAAAUUGAAAGCAUUGGUAUUGGGAAUGAACAAAAUUGGAAAAAUCGAAAACUUACAGGGCUUAACCGAGUUAAAUGAUUUGAUAUUGGAUUCUAACAAAAUCACAAAGAUUGAGAAUCUCCAUGAUCUACAAAAUUUACAGACGUUAAGUCUUUCCAAUAAUCAAAUAACCGAUACUGAUGGAUUACCUAGCCUUUGUGAGUUGAGAACCUUGUUUUUGGUGGAUAACUGCAUCACUGAAUAUACUUUAGAUAUUACAAAUUACCCCAUGCUUGAAACGGCGGCGCUUUCUGGUAAUAAGAUUGAUGCAUUCAUUCAUGAACCACUACCUGAAAGAGUGAGUUAUCUACGAACCGAUCCACAAAUGGCAACAGUUGAUGAAAUUGAGAGCGAUACCGAAAAUGAUAGUGAUGGGGUGGAAAAUAAUUGA